GUCACAGUAUCAUUUUAUCUGUGAAGCUUGCAUAUCAUGCCAUCAGUUGACUCGCCCACCCUGAUUGUGGCAAGAUAUCUCAAGUCAAAUGGCUAUACAGAAACAUAUGAAGCCUUUAUCGCAGAGGCUGGGCUACCACAAGAUGCGGGUGUCGUCGUCAAGGGCCAGCUGGACUUAGAGACGCUUCUCGAUGAGAAGAAGAAUUUUGAUAUUGCCGUAAAGUUCGAGAAGCUGGGCCUGGAAAAUGCCAAUACGGGGUGGAAACAGCCUGCACCGUCAAAUGCCAGAAUAAUCGAUGAGCUUCCUACGUCUUCGAAUAUCCUCAGCGCAAGAGUAGAGGAGUUCAAAGAUCAGGAUGGAAACGAGCAACCACUUCUGCUUGCGACUACUGCAGACAAGCGUGUGCAUCUGAUCAAUGCGAACAACAAUGCUCUACAAGCAUCGUAUGCGACGAUUCACGAUGCUCCGGCGCUCUCCGCGUUGAAGAUUGGCGACAACACUCUGAUCACAUCGUCUAUGUCUGGACAGCUGCAUCUGAGCGACUUGUCUGGCAAGUGCUUCGCCAAACGUCGAGACCACUCCAAAUACGUGGUCAAAGUCGCCGUCUUCGAGGACAAGCUACAUGGAUCCGUCAUCGCAACAGCAGGCUGGGAUAAUAAAGUCGUCAUCUACCACGUAGACUCAACCGACGACGAUCUCCAAUUGAACGAACCGUCCGCCACCAUCCCCUUACAAACGAAGCCCGAAGCAAUGGUCUUCGUCCGCCAUCCAGAGACCAACCUACCAGUUCUCAUCCUCAGCCGAACCGACUCCAACAACAUAUACUACUACACAAUCGAAACUCAACCUCGCCUCCUCGGACAACAGAAUCUCGCACCACACUCCAACGCCUGGGUCGCGUUCACACCAUCAGCGUUGGAAAUCUGCCCGACAGACCCAACGCUGCUCGCAGUCGGCACAUCUUCCAUCCCUCACAUGAAACUGCUCCUCGUGAGAUUAUUGUUCCCCUCUUGGGAGCCUGAACCCCCACGUCCUCCACCUACCGCUCUGCGAACAUCUCUCCUCGACGAUGAUGCGCCCGCGCAGCAGGAAACACAAGCCUCGCAAGCUCGCGCAGCACUCGUCAUUGCCGAGCGAGAAUUUGCGGCGAUCCAAAUUCACGCGACGACCAUGGCUCCACAGACUCCCUACUCGACACCCGCGGUGGCGUGGAGACCUGCUGGCGACGGAGUGUGGGUGAAUGGAGAUGAUGGGGCGGUGAGGGGUAUCGAAGCGAGUACGGGGAAAGUGGUCAGUACGCUGCGAGGGCAUGAGCCCGGAAGUAAAGUACGGUGUUUGUGGGCGGGACAUGUCCCCGGAGUGGGGGAGAUGUUGGUGUCGGGUGGAUUUGACCAUAAGUUGAUUUUGUGGACGAGUGUACCUACCUAAGGUAAGGUAGGUAGUAGUGUGUGAUGGAAAUACCUAAGUAUGGAAUCAUCACGAGGGAGAAGAAAUGCGCGAUGAGUGCCAAAGAUGAUGAAUCACCUUUUUUCUGCUUCUUCUUCGGCCAAUUGUUUAUACAGCACAGGCGGUGCCGCUUGUAUGCCGUGUUGUGAACGUGGCGUGGUGCUUUUUUGUUUUUUUCUCGCAGAAGCGAAAUCAUCUAGACCCUGCAGCGUCUGGAGCGGGCAAGCCAAGAGAAAC